AUGGGGGUGAAAGACGUAGGGUAUUCUUCUCUUAAAACACCACGGUGGGCCACGGCGGGCCACAGCACAAAGUACCGUCUAUCCCCUGUACAGAAGCCGUACAGCCAGUACAGUAGCCACACAGCAGCCGUACAGUGGCCAGUACAGCAGCCGUACAGUGGCUACAGCAGCCGUACAGUGGCUACAGCAGCCGUACAGUCAGUGGCUACAGAAGCUGUACAGUGGCUACAGCAGCCGUACAGUGGCCAGUACAGCCAGUACUUGAUGACUGAAUCAUCAUUGCUUAAAGGAACUCAAGAUCAGGGCAUGAGCGAGUUCGCUCAGAAGCGCUCGGCGAGGCAUAGUUCAACUCGGGUCAACACAAUCGGCCGCGUGUCAGGAUCCCACCCAGAAAGGGACAAUAGGGUAUAUACGGAGUAA